AGUCGGUGCGCGACCAUCUUGUCAAAACUCUGAGUCGGUGACAACAAAUAAAUAUUGUAAAAUGUCCUAAAUCGCUCUUAAUGACAUAACUAUCUUAUUGUAUUUAAUAAAGUAUCGUGCAUAUUUCAUGUUGGUGUUGUUUUCGCAGCAGUUACUAUAUAUUUUACUCGAUUUUUCGGGUUUGUGUUGCGUCAAAUGACGUCAUGUAUGUGAUUAUACACGUAUCGCGGCUGACGAGUUUAUAGUGUAACAUGCAUGACCAGGAGGGCGACGGGGAGCCGGCGCACCACGCGCGCCGCCCCAUGAACGCGUUCCUUAUCUUCUGCAAACGCCACCGCAGUGUUGUGCGCGAUAAAUAUCCCAAUCUUGAGAACAGGUCCAUAACUAAGAUCCUCGGCGAGUGGUGGGCCAACUUGGACAAGGAUGAAAAGGCUUGCUACACAGGUCUUGCUAAACAGUACAAAGACGCCUUCUUCAGCGCUAAUCCCGACUUCAAAUGGUACAAGUUGCCUGCACCACCACUCCGCACGUUGUCCUCCCGGCCCAGAGAGUCCAAUGACAAACCUGUCGAGUCCCCCAACAGCGACCACCACGACUCUGAACUCGAAAAAACAAACAACAACUCCACUAAAGUAGACUUCAACAAAAAGCCUAAAGAUGAACCACUAGAAGCUGAAUCCAAACCACUUUCCAUGUUCACGCCCGGAAAGCUGGCCGACGAAGCCCAAAUGGGAGGCCUCAGCAGCCUCCUGGCCACUAAGACUGAAACUCAAACCACAAACCCUUAUUACUCACCCCCAUGCUUUAAGUUCAACGCGAUCUCAACACCAAACGAUUACAGAUCUCAUAACUUAAUAGAAAGGGCCAAGGCGAAAGGUCACCCAAACGAGGACAGCAUACGCGAGCUGCAGAACGCGCUCACAGAGACCUCCAGGGUGUUCGAAGAAGACUUCCACGAUGACAAGAAGAGGAUAUAUUACGGCAUACCUAACGACCAGUUCACCAACCAGGACGUCAUAGACCAAAUAGUUGAUAAGAGAUAUUCUAAAGACGAUGAGUUCGGGUAUCAGAGGAACUGGUCCGACGACGAGAAGAACAUGAGGUCUGGUAGAUCGUGCAAGGGGAAGAGAUACCAGGAGUUCAUGGCUGUUGGGGGGCUCAUUGUCAACAAGCGGCAAAAACGUGACUCGGACAAGCCAGACGAGAACUACAGCGCGACCUGCAGUUGGGAGCCUGGCAGUCAGCGGGACGACACGAUGGACGACGAACCCAAACACAGCCCAGCGAACGACAAGCCGGCUGACAGCGACGACAAACUCGACACAGCCGACACGCCUGAACCCGACAAUAAUGCUAACAAAACAUUCAAGGCUGCCGACUUUGACUUAGAUGCUAAAAUUAGAGCCCUGCCCUCACUUAGCUUAGAGAAAUUCCAGCAAAAGAAGCGCGAAAACAAGCGCAAGAAGAAAACCAUCAACCUGAAACCGAAAGCGUUGGAGUCGUCGCAGAUAGUCAAUUCAGUUCCUAGGUCCAUGCUGGAGGAGCGGCGGGAGAGGGAGAUGGUGGACCACUGGCGGGACACGGUGAGCGGCAGCCAGAAGCGCAAGCCGCGCAAGAUCAGCAUCACGCGGCUGGAGAUCAACAGCCUGGUGUCGAGCGAGCCGCACGCCAGCAGCCCCGAGAUGAAGAUCGCGACGGAGGCGCCGCGCGCGCACGCGCUGCACCAGCCGCCGCACGUGGACCUGCUGGCGCUGGCCACGCUGGCCGAGGUGGCGGCCAACACCUCCAAGCUGGACGAGUCGGCGCUGGGCCACGCCGCCACGCCGCACCACAGCGACGCCAACGCUUCCAUGGUAUAACGGCACCUACCGACACCACUAGCCUUAACUAAAUAUUCCAAAUAUUAUUUACUUUGUAAUCAGAUAAUAUUUAUAUAUAGAUCUAAUUUUACAUUGUACGCAUAAAAAUUAAUAUUAUUGUACACUUUUAACUGUAGUUUUUAUAACGUAGCUAUAGAACUAUUUAUAUUGAAAAUAGAAAAAAAAGAAAAACUAUAUGUAUACCUUAUCUUAGUUACGUCGUUUAGGCUGCUAAAUACUGCUUUGUUAGGACUAGAAAAAGUAAGAGUGAUAGAUUAAUGUCCACACGAAUAACAACAAAGCAUAAUGAUUUUAAUUAUAGUAAGAAGAGAUACAAAUAAAUUACAAUUAUGAUAUCUUAGGUGUUAUCGAAGAGUCACGGGAUUUGUCGACGCCAUUUCAUCACAUCAUAACGGUAAUAAAAUGCCAAACAAAUAAGUCAUUUUAAGAUAAAUGUAAACCUCAUUACGUGUAAAGCUAGGUUACUUGAAUCGCCUUAAUAAUUUAGAGAUUAAAAAAAACUAAGACACCACAUGCAUAGACUGCAUUGCAUUUUUAAGGUGACUUAUUUCUCGUUUAUUGCAUACGUGCAAUUAUUAUCAUUUAAAUAUAUAUUAUAUUUAUAUUAUACACAAGUGGCUGGAGUCACAUGUUUUUGUAUAAAGCGAAUUUAUCACAAUUUAUGGCAACCGGAGGAAGGAAAUAAUUGGAACAUUGAAAAAGGCUGGGAAUAUUAGUUAAAUUAUAUCAGUAGCAUGUUUCAAUAUUCUUCGUUGACACAAUUUAAAUCGAAUGUUUACUAUAAAAUGAUUCAUUGCUAUGAAUGGUAAAUACAUCCUAAUUUGGUUGCAUUGGCAUAUUUAUGUGGCCACUAAUAAAUGGUAAAAUACGGGCCCUUUAUAAUAUUACAUCUAUUGAAAUAGUCCAAAUUCGUCGAAGGCCAGGUUCUAAUAAUUCUUAAUUAUUGUUAUGGUAAAUCAUGGCUUUCGUACGCAAUUUAAAAAAUUUCGCAGCCAUUUAGGGACAUGUCAGCAAAGAAAAUCUAUUCCCAGCUUAUGAUUGAGGCUUUUGUCAAUCUACAGUAAAACUUACAAGAAGUAUCAGUAUUGUAUAUCAAUUCAAUUAGCAAAACUAACAGAUUGAUAAAGCCCUCAACAAAAAAAAAAUAUUGAAAAAAUCUUUUUGGAAGAUUUUAUGCUUACCAGAGGUUUAGUAACGACUCUAUGGAAAAAUCAUUUGUAGUAAGGAAAUGUGAUGUUAUUUAUAAUGAGGAUGGAGCAAUUGGCGAAAGAAAGUGAUUGUAAUUUUUGUAGUUGCCACAUGAGGCCUCUGAAUACCGGCCGCGUCACGCGAGUCAAACUCGCCAAACUUUUCUUUGUGAUAAAAUACUUCGACUAGUGUUGUUAGUUUUAAACUUAAAAAUAUAUCAUCAUCGUUUCAUAAUUAUUAUUUAACGAAUUUCAAAGAAAAUAAUUAAUGUCUUACAAAAAAAUCGAAAAAAAAAUGUAUAUCGAUAGAAUCACGAAGGAUGCGUGAUUUGAGAUGAAACUUGUCCCCAUUAGGUACCUGAAAUUUAUCGAAAACAUCAUGAAUUUCAUGCGAAAAUAAAGCAAAAAAAAUACUAAGUGUAUAAAAUCAUUUUGAAACAGUUUUUAAGUUAAAAAUAAAAUGUCAAUAUUAAUGUAGUAGUUUACAUGUUUUUAAGAACAGUGUUUCUCAAACUUUUGUUCUUGUUUAUUUUUAUAAUGGAUUUUAAGGGGUUUCUGUGAUUUUAUUCUAUCUCCUAUGUUAAGGUUGCCGGCGUGAAGAUUUCGUUUGCAGGUCUAGUCUAGAUUAGAGUUUAUAAUGAAAAAAAUGAUCAAGUACUAAAUUCGAAAAGUGCACUUAUAUUUUUUAAAGUUACAAACGAUGACACAAGCCAUAAUGUGACAUGCUCAUCCAAAGACCAAAUGUAUUUAGAAUAGAAAAGCUAGGCUGUAGAUAUUGUAUAUGUAAUAUAUAGGUGAUAUAUAAAAUAUUAUGUAUAAUAAAUAUCUUAACAACUCGUCAAUAUUGUGGCAUUCCAAAAUGUCGAAAUUAUCAUGUUACUGUUUAAUAUUUGAUUUGUUGCAUUUUUUGUUUUUCAAACAUUUUUAUUUUCACAUAGAUUUUAAAACUAAAUAAUUGUUGAUUUUUGUGUAAAGUUUAAUUGAUUGUUACGUUUUAUUAGGAAGUGGUGAGCUUUGACGGUUCCUAUACGAGAUUUUAAUGAUGAGCUUUACAGGGCUUUACUAUAUCAAUGAAAUUAAAUUAAUACUACAUAAAUUACAGAUUACAUACUUAUGAGAAAUAUAUAUUUUGCCUUGUCGAGAUAGAGCCUUAUUUUAUAUUUGAAAAAUUAGUAUUAAGGCUAAUUGAUGAGGGGCCAGUAUCGGAAAAGGGAAUUUAGUAAUAAUCACUCAAUUUUAAAUCUAUAUAUUAUACCUUCACAAAUAUAUUAAUGGGAAUGGUGAGAUUAAAGGAAAUCUCUGGAGUAAAACCUGUAGGAUCCGAUUUAAAUAAAUAUGGUGCUGGAAGAUCUGUAUUAAAUUAUUUUAAGAAACAGUCCUCGGCAUUGCCUGGGACAGUUAGUCAGAGUAGGUAUUCUAACGGAUUAUUAUCAUUAUUUUUAAGUCAAUCGCAAUCACUUUGUGCUAUAUAUUUAUAUUUAAAAAAAUAUCCUGAACAAACAGUACAUUGUUGUAGCGCAAAUGGAUUGUUGAUUUUGUUUCGGUACCGGAAAUUUUUAUGUAUUUUGAGAAACACUGGUCUGCAAUAUUAUAAGUUAGGGCAUAAUAUGUCGGCACCCAAAGUGUUUACCUGUUCGGUUCCAAAGUAUAUUGUUGAAUGUUUUGUUACAAACCGCGGUUCAAUCUAUAUCCUUUUAUUGUAGUAAUAAAGUUUAUUCAUAUUAACAA